GCCUUCAUCAUCAAAACCACCACCACCACCUAAAAGAAAAGCCAACAUGGAAAACAACACCUUAGAGGUUGCAGAAUCAAGAGAGAAGGGUGCUAGCCAAACAAGACUCAAACCUCUACAUUGGGAUAAGGUUGUAGCUAAUGUUGAUCAUUCUACAGUGUGGGAUCACAUCAAUGAUGGCUCUUUCAGGUUUGACAAUGAACUCAUAGAAACACUCUUUGGAUAUUCAACCAAGAACCAAACCAAUGAAAGAAACCUAUGUCAUGCAUCUUCAGCUCAGUUAUUCCUUGUGGACCCUAGAAAAUCCCAAAACACAUCAAUUGUGCUAAGGUCUCUUGCAAUUUCUCGCAAGGAAAUUAUGGACGCGCUUGAUGAUGGACAAGGAAUCAGUCUUGAGACACUUGAAAAACUUACUAAGAUAGCUCCUACACAAGAAGAAGAAGCCAAAAUCAUCCAAUUCAGUGGAAAUCCAGAUAAACUUGCUCAUGCUGAUUCAUUCCUCUACUGCAUCCUCAAAGCGGUUCCAACAGCAUUCAUUCGCCUAAAAGCAAUGCUUUUCAGAUCAAAUUAUGAUUUUGAAGCUGUUCAGCUUAAAGAAAACUUACAAACACUUGAAAAGGGUUGCAAGGAGAUGAGGGCUAGUGGCCUAUUACUGAAGUUUCUUGAGGCAAUUCUCAAAGCUGGAAACCGGAUGAAUGCCGGAACUUCUAGGGGAAAUGCACAAGGUUUCAACCUAAAUGCUCUUAGGAAGCUUCCUGAUGUGAAAAGCAUUGAUGGGAAGACUAGUUUGCUACACUUCAUUGUAGAGCAGGUGGCUCAGUCAGAAGGAAGAAGAGAAGCUAUGAAUCAAAAGCAUAACAUUCCCAAAAUCAACGGUGAUAUAAGCAACUCCAAUGAAAACAAUAAUAGCCUUGUGCAACAUGAGACAGAGAAAGAGUAUCUGAUGCUUGGUUUACAAGUGUUAUUGGGAGGUAUAAAGGAUGAAUUAUCCGAAGUAAAGAAAGCAGCAAUAAUUGAUCAUCAGAAUUUCAUUAGGAUGUUAUACAUUCUCAAUGCUCGUGUUAGCGAAAUUCGAGAGAUUGUAACCAAAUGUUGUGGCGAGAACAAUGAGAGAGGUGGAUUUGUUAAGGAAAUGAAAGGGUUUGCAGAGGAAUGUGAGGAGGAGCUUAAAGUUGUGAAAGAUGAACACCUUAGGAUCAUGGAGCUUGUGAAGAAAACCAAUGAGUAUUAUCUUGGAGGUGGAGGAGGAUCAAACCCCUUUGAACUGUUUCUUAUUGUGAGAGAUUUUGUUGACAUGGUGGAUGAGGUUUGCAGUGAUCUCAGAAGGAAGAUAGAAAAGAAGAAUGUAGGAGGAGGAGAAGGUGCAUCAACAACACCACCUCUUUCACCCUCAAAGAAAGCACCACUCAGGUUCCCAAAGUUUGAUUUGCACUUUCUAUCAAACAUGUCAAGUGCGACAUCAUGUUCUAGCCUAUCAGAUGAUGAUUUCUGAAGCAGGGUUUUAUGCAUUUGUAUCAAUUUGUUUAACGCAAAAUCUUUAACUAUGUAAAGUUUAGGGGAUUAGCUUAGACCUUAAAUUUGGUAUGUAUUAUGUAGGAUCUUUGACUAUGACAACCUUGGACAUAUGUACUAAAAACAAACAAAAAAGAGAGUUAUUAUAACCUGAAGUCUAGCUAGGUAACAAAAUGAAAUUCUGAUUAUUAAGUGAAUAUUAAUGAAAUUCU